GGAUGCUGUAUUUAUUUUUAACCUGACUACCAAACCAUUUGCAUCUCGCCGCUUAUCUCAGGUAGACGCAGCGCCUGUGCUUUACUUAUCACACUCGAGGUUUGGCCAUCGGAGCGUGAGGAUGGCGGCAGCUCUGAACCUGACUUACAACUGCACUGUGGAUUCUUCGGUGGAAAAGCGCAUGUAUCCUGCCGCUUAUUCUCUCUUUUUCAUCGUGGGCUUUCCAGCUAACUGCCUGUCUUUGUAUGUCACCUGGAUGCUGAUGAGGAAUGGAAACAACACGGCAGUCUACCUCAUCAACUUGUCCAUCUCUGACCUGCUCUACACCAUCACCCUGCCUGUGUGGAUCGAGCUGGCCCAGCAGACACAUGUGGGCGGCAGUCUCUGCAGUUUAGUGGCUGUGAUCAUGUACAACAGCUUUUACGUCGGCUCGGGCCUCCUUUGCUGCAUCUCCGUUGAUCGCUACCUGGCUGUGGUCUAUCCUCUCCACUUUCACUGGGUCAGAGAGGUGCAGACUGCAGCAGUUGUAAGUAUUGCCGUUUGGACCCUGGAGAUUGCCAUCCACGUUAUCUUGCUUAGCCACACGGGGGCACUGCAAGCUUUCUCCUCGAGAAACUUGUGCGAGGAGGGCAUACCCAUGACACAUGAAAAUGCCAAUCUCACCCUUACACGGGUCACCCUGGGUUUCUUGGUCCCUACCUUCAUCAUGACCUUUUGUUUUCAGCAGAUCAUGCAGUCGCUCCGACAGAGCCGCUCCAUCCUGCAGGCGGAGCGCAGGAAAGUGGGACUGCUGUUGUUUUUCCUUCUUCUCACCUACAUCGUCGCCUUUGUGCCCUACCAGUUAGUGCAGCUUCUCAGGGCCAUACUGGAGCCCGGGGCCUGCGACUGGGCCGCGAGGCUCAGAGAUCCAUACCUGCUCGGGGAGGAGUGUCAGCUCACUUGUCAGACUUUUGUUUUUGGAUAAAAUCAUCGGGAUGCACUUUGAAACCUUUUUUUUUUCACCCCUCACUGCUACAUACAGACUGCACAAACUAAUUUAUGAAGGUUGUUUGGGAAACUUGCAGCCUUAAAAAAAGAAUACCAAUGAAAUGUUUUCUUGUAAAAAUUACGAAGAAAAACAUGAAAAAAAAUUGUAUCCUGACUGUUUAUUGGAAAAAUCAUCUGUUUUAUUACUGUAAGGGGCAGUGGUUGACCGCGGUGUGUAAACAAGAUCCCAAUUACAUUUGUUUCCUCAUACGACUGUUUCUUUAAGAUGAACAGAAGGUUGGUUUCAAGUUUAUCUGCAGCACUGAAAAUAUCAUUAUGUGAGAAAAAAUAACGAUAUUAUGUUGAAAUAUUACUUUGGUAAAAGUGAAAGUUGCCCACAUUUUAUUAUCAGUUAUGGAGUGUAACUAUCACAUGUACCUAAGCAAUUCAUACUUGUACUUGAGAAUUUGCAUUUUCUCUUACUUCCACUCUAUUAAAA